AUGAGCACUUCGAUCAUCAACGUCCAACGCGACAUCAUCCUUAAUACCAUCCGCAAUGCCGGUGGCCACGAAUGGAAAGUUUUGGUGGUGGACGAGAACAGCAGGAAAUUGAUCAAUGCUGCUGUGAAAGAGGAAGAUAUUCUGAACCUCAAUGUAUCCAACAUCGAGCAGAUCGACCACCGGCGGAUGGCCAACCCGGACAUGGACGCCUUAUAUAUACUAUCACCGGAGUCUUGGAUCGUGGACUGUCUCAUGGCCGACUUCGAAGUGAAGAGAUAUCGCAGAGCGUUUUUGGUGUGGACUUCAUUUCUUGAUCCCAAGCUGCGCGCUCGAAUUGACCGGUCACAAAUGGCGCGUGAUGCCAUUGCUGAUUACCGCAUAAUGAACAUCGACUUCUACCCCCGGGAGUCACAUCUGGUCACAUUCCGCGAUCCGUGGAGCUUCCCUGUCCUGUUCCACCCGGGCUGCAACCAUUUAAUUCGUCGCCACCUUCAAGAUCUCGCCCAGAAGGUCGUCUCUCUCUGUGCCUCCCUGGGCGAAUACCCGGUUAUCCGCUAUUACCGACCCCGAUCCCCCACUCACGAGGCUGGUGUCUUAUGUUCCCACUUGGCGCGCUUUAUCCAAGAGGAACUAGAUCAAUUUGCUCAGUUCCAGCGUGACUUCCCUCCCCCAUCAAACCGUCCACGAGGAGUUUUGUUUAUUGUCGACCGCUCAAUGGAUGUCUACGCUCCUCUUCUCCACGAAUUCACAUACCAAGCAAUGGUGCAUGACCUUCUGCCGAUCAAAGAUGGCGACAAGGUCACUUACAAGACAUUGCUCAACGAGGGUAAAGACAACGAAGAGGAAAAGGAGAUGGAGCUUGGGGAGCAUGAUAAAGUUUGGGUGGAGUACCGACACAUGCACAUGAAAGACGUGCUCCAGAAGCUCGGCGAGGAUUUUGCUAAAUUCAGAGCAGCCAACCCACAGUUCGCCGAGGACAACGACAAACAAAACGUCAACACUAUCAAAGACAUGUUGGCUGGACUGACAGAGUUCACGGAAGGAAAAGAUGCCUACACUCUGCAUUUGAAUAUGGCAGGGGAAUGCAUGAAGUACUUUGGAGCCCGAAAGCUUAUUGAGGUCAGCUCCAUGGAGCAAUCCUUUGCCACGGGUCUCGACGAAAAUUACAAGAAAGCUAAAAACUUGGCGGCACAACUUGUACAGCUGCUCGAUGACGAUGCAGUAAUUACACCGGAUCGACUCCGACUGCUCCUACUGUACAUCAUCUAUCGAGGCGGUCUGCUUGGUGGCGACAUUCGGAAGCUCAUGGCACACGCACAACUUCCCGGCCAAGACGGAAACGUUAUUUCCAAUCUUGAACUCCUUGGAGUUCGUGUGGAGAAGCCUCUCAAGGAUGAAAAGCCACCAGUGCAACCGCUGUUCCAGCGGCGAACCCCUGUACCGGAAUCGGAAGAGUUGAGCUUGACACGGUACGAGCUUGGGGUCAAACAAAUGCUAGAGGAGCAAAUUCGUGGCACAUUGGACUCGACAUUAUUCCCCUACACCAGGCCUCACACUGACACCGAUGGUGGAAUGGCCGCACAGGAGAUGCUCUCUCAGCAAGCCUCCCUGCGCAGUGCGAAGCCUACAUGGGCACGCACCCGAUCCGUCGACCAACCUCGCCAGCGUAUGAUUGUCUUCAUGGCCGGCGGUGCGACUUAUGGCGAAUCGCGUAGCUGCUAUGAAAUCUCGCAGACCUACGGCCGUGAUGUAUUCCUGGCCACCACUCAUAUGCUGACACCAGGGCUCUUCAUGCGCCAGGUCGGCGAUCUGGGCAUGGACAAGCGCCGCCUCGAUAUUCCUGCCGAGCGGCCUAAGCCCACGGCCCCUGCUCAUCUCUUUGAGCGAGAGGCGCCCCCGGCACCCACACCUCCGCCGCAGAAAAAGGCCAUCCCGACGUCGCAUCUGAAUCCACCCGCGCCCCCCGAGGCACUCAUGUCCAACAUGUCUCUGGGGUCGAACGGGACAGCCGGGGCUCCUCCGCCCGGUGGAAAGCUCCAUAAGAAGGACAAGGAGAAGAAGGAUAAGAAGGAUGAUAAGGAGAAGAAGAAGUACCGCUUCUUCAAGUGA